AAAUAUUAAAAAAAAUAAUUUUUUAAAUGUUUAUUUUAAUUUUGAAAGAGAGCACGUGUACAAGCUGGGGAGGGGCAGAGAGAGGAUACCAAGCAGGCCCCACGAUGUCAGUGCAGAGCUCGAUGCGGGGCUUGAUCUCAUGAAUUGUGAGAUGAGAUCAUGACCUGAGCUGAAAUCAAGGGUCGGAGACUUAACUGACUGAGCCACCGGAUGCUGCAACACAAGAGCAUUUUCUGACAUGCCAAAAGCACAAGCCACAAGGAAAUUUGCCUCUGUCAAAAUAGAAAGUGAAUAACAACCAAAUAUGCCAUGAGAACUGGCAAGGUGAUAAAGUACAAAAAGACACUGUGACUUACAUAUAAGAGUUAGUGUUGAGAAUAAUACAUCCAAUUGAAAACCGGGCACAGGAUAUGAACAGAGUUCACAGGUGAUGAAGUGUGAAAAGCAAACAACGUUACUGGUAAUUAAGGAAAUGAAAACAAAACCACAGAGGCAUCAUUUUGGACCAGACUGGCAAAUGUCACGUAGAGGUGACAUCAGGAAAGCAAUGAAUCUCCUACAUUUUGUAUGUUGCUGGAGGGAUGUCAAACUAAUAAAACCACUUUAGAUAACAAUUUGGCAGAUACUAAAAAAGGUGAGGGUAUGUGUAGCCUGUGACCUCAAAUUCCAUUUCUAAGGAUCUACCUUAGAGAAACCGUUUUGUGUGUAUACGAGGCGACAAAUUAUAAGGGCAACUUAAUAAAGGAUUCCAGGAAAUUAAUAACCUAAAUGUCCAUUGGGAAAAGAAUGGUUAAUUACAGGGUGUGCAUGCAAUGAGAUAAUCAGCAGUUAAGGGGCGCCUGGCUGGCUCAGUCAGAAGAGCACGCAACUCUUGGGGUUGUGAGUUCGAGCCCCAUAUUGGGUGUAGAGAUUACUUAAAAGCUUAAAAACUUUUUUCUUAAUGUGUGGCAGUGAAUACAGCAGAUGCAGGAGCUGUCUGCAUUCAUGUUAAUAAACGAAUUUCACUGAGCGCAGAGUGUGAUGUGAGGCUCAAACUUUCAUGAACCAUGAGAUCAUGACCUGAGCCCAAGUCAGAUGCUUAACCAACUGAGCUGCCCAGAUGCCCCGAUUGUAUUAAGUAAUCUCUACGCCCAACAUGGGGCUGGAACUUAGACCCAAAGAUCAAGAGGCACAUGCUCCACCGACUGAGCCAGCCGGGCACCUCUGCAAUAUAUAUUCUAAAAUAAUUCAGAGGAGCUCCUGGGUGGCUCAGUCAGUUAAGGACCCAACUCUUGGUUUCAGCUCAGGUCAUGAUCUCAUGGUUUGUGGGUUCGAGCCCCACAACGGGCUCUUCACUGACAGUGUGGAGCCUGCUUGGGGUCCUCCCCCACUCUGCCCCCACCUGUUCAUGCUCUUUCUAAAUAAAUAAACUAAAAAAAUAAUUCAGAAUAUAUAGAGUUCCUACAAGUUAAUAAGACUAUAGGAAAACGAACAAAAGGUUUGGGGGCUUCACAAUAAAGCAUAUGAAUAGGUACUUACUUUCAUUAGUCUUCAGAGAAACGCGCAUUCAAAUCAUCCCGUAAUGCUGUCCUACCCUCACUAGGAUGGCUAAGGUACAAGACAGACCAUAGCAAGCACUGGUGACAGUGUGGAGCAACGGAAGUCCCACACUGCUGGGGGAAAGUAAAUCGGUACAAACACUUUGAGAAACUUUGGCAGUAUCCACUGAAGCUGAAAAUAAGCAUAUUCUAACACCAGAAGUUCCACCUGUAAGUAUAUCCCGACAGAGACAGGUCUCGCCAUGUUCUCCAAAAGACACGCAGACAUGGAAAACAGCGCUCUCCAUAAUAGCCUCACCCUGGAAGCAACCCAAAUGUCCAAGAGUGGAAUGGAUUGUUGCCUGGGUGGCUCAGUCAGUUAAGCGUCCAACUUCAGCUCAGGUCACGAUCUUGUGUUUGUAAGUUCGAGUCCUGCAUCUGGCUCUGUGCUGACGGCUCAGAGCUGGAGCCCGCUUCAGACUCUGUGUCUCCCUCUCUCUCUGCCCCUCCCCUGCUCGUGCUCUCUUUCUCAAAAAAUAAACAUUAAAAAAAAAAAAAAAAAAAAGUGGAGGUGAGAAUCCUCCGCCUAAGCAGAGAAGAAUAUUUUAGCAUUGGCAUUGUUUAGAAUCGUCAGCCAGCACGUGAUGACAAUAAAAAGCAAACCAGUGGGUCUCAUUGCAUUGAAGUUCCCUACGGACAGCACACUCCCUUAUUGCCUGCAUCUGGGGCAGAUGGCUCUCCUACCUCUGCCCGCAUGCCACUGCUGUGGACUAUUUAUGGAAUGGAGUGCUGAAAUGGUAUAUAAAGAUGAAAAUAAACACAUUCUUAAAAUAUGCAUCACAGAUGAAGCCCACAGACAUAAUGUCGAGUGGAAAAAAAAGCACCUAGAGGAGUUCACACUCAGUGAUGCCACUGGCAUGAGAUCUGCUGAGUGAAAUAAAGCACAUGCAGAAGUCUGAGUGGUGUGGCGCCAUUUCUGGUUCAAAACAAAACCAAACCCAAGCAAACUGAAUAAUGACAGAAGCAAAUGCACCAGAAACACGGAUCUGAACAAUCCCAGGAUAUGUUGAAGUUUGCUAUGAUUGAGAUGAACUUUGCAAGUGUGUCCAGGAAGGUAAGUAUUUGGACAUUGUUUUCACAGUAUCGUUUGUAACAAAGUUGGAGGCGACCAAAAUCUCCAAGAUUAACGGGUAAGCGGAGUUGCCACCUGUAUACAAUGGAAUAUUAGACAACAGUUAAAACACGACUAAGAAGAAUCAACCAGGAUCACUCCUGAUAAUUUGAUGUUAGGUGAAAAAAAAUUGCAGAAUAUUGUCUGUACGGUGUCAAACACUGUAUGUAAAUGUGUGAAGCAGAAAGGACUGAGGUAACCAUUCUUGAGCACCUACUAUAUUCCAGCUACCUUCCUGGACCCCCACGGCAACCCUGUGAGCUACUUACUAAUAUUAUUUUUCACAGAGCAGGGAACUGAGGCUAGUGAGGGGCAGCCCGACAGGACAGCCCACAGCUGGGAGGGAGCCCAGGGCCGGGACCCACAGGCUGGCCGCUAGAAGCUCCCUGCCAGCCAGCCCGGGACCAGCUGCCCAGGCUGGGCUCUCAGGCCCGGGCCACCAUCUGGAGCCCUGAGCCGGCGCCGGGCAGGAGGCCCUGUAACUCCAGCCGCCGCUCCCGCCCCUGCCCGCCCCUCCUUCACCUCAGCCUCCGGCUGGACUGCCCACAAUGCCUCCCAUUCAGCCCUGUCCCUGCUGCCAGGCCUGCGGGCCAGAGAGGGGGGCUCCCGCGGCAUCCAGGCCGACUGGCAGUGUGAGCCGGACGGCAUGGAGGGGACCCAGAGCGUCUCCUUGGUGCUGCUGCUUCCCCUGCUGCUGCCACCGGGCCCAGCUUGGCAUGCGGCUGCCCAACGCUGCCCACAGACGUGCGUUUGCGACAAUUCCAGGUGGCAUGUCGCCUGUCGGCACCAGAACCUCACUGAGGUGCCAAACGCCAUCCCUGAGCUGACUCAGCGGCUGGACCUCCAAGGCAAUGUGCUGAAGGUGAUCCCCCCAGCUGCCUUCCAGGAGCUGCCUUACCUGACACAUCUGGACCUGCGGCACUGCCAGGUGGAGCUGGUGGCCGAGGGCGCCUUCCGCGGCCUGGGCCGCCUGCUCCUCCUCAACCUGGCCUCCAACCGCCUGAGCUCACUGCCCCAGGAAGCCCUGGACGGGCUGGGCUCACUGCAGCGGCUGGAGCUGCAGGGGAAUAUGCUGGAGGAGCUGCGGCCGGGCACGUUCGGGGCACUGGGUGCGCUGGCCACCCUGAACCUGGCCCACAACGCCCUCGUCUACCUGCCCGCCAUGGCCUUCCAGGGGCUGACGCGCGCCCGCUGGCUGCAGCUGUCCCACAACGCGCUCAGCGUGCUGGCCCCCGAGGCCCUGGCCGGCCUGCCCGCCCUGCGCCGGCUCAGCCUGCACCACAACGAGCUGCAGGCCCUGCCGGGGGCAGCCUUGGCCCAGGCCCGCGCCCUAGCCCGGCUCGAGCUGGGCCACAAUCCCUUCACCUACGUGGGUGAGGAGGACGGGCUGGCGCUGCCGGGCCUCCGGGAGCUGACGCUGGACCACGGCGCCCUGCAGGCCCUGGAGCCCAGGGCCUUCGCCCGCUGCCCGCGCCUGCACACGCUGGACCUCCGUGGGAACCAGCUGGACACCCUGCCGCCCCUGCAGGGCCCCGGGCAGCUGCGCCGGCUGAGGCUGCAGGGGAACCCUCUGUGGUGCGGCUGCCAGGCCCGGCCGCUGCUCGAGUGGCUGGCGCGGGCGCGUGUGCGCGCGGACGGCGCGUGCAGGGGCCCCCGGCGCCUUCGAGGCGAGGCCCUGGACGCCCUGAGGCCCUCAGACUUGCGCUGCACCGGAGGCAGGGCGGAGGACGAGGAGGAAGAGCUGCUGCUGGCGGCCGCGCGGCCCCGCGCCCCCGAGGGCGCCUCCAAGGGGGACGACGGGGCGGCCGAGCCCUGCCCGCGGGCCUGCGUGUGCGUCUCCGAGUCCCGGCACAGCGGCUGCGAGGGCCGAGGCCUGCAGGCCGUGCCUCGCGGCUUCCCCAGCGACACCCAGCUCCUGGACCUGAGGCGGAACCGCUUCCCCGUGCUGCCCCGGGCGGCCUUCCCGGGCCUGGACCGCCUGGUGUCGCUGCACCUGCAGCACUGCGGCAUCACGGAGCUGGAGGCGGGCGCCCUGGCGGGGCUGGGCAGCCUGAUCUACCUCUACCUCUCUGACAACCGGCUCUCGGGCCUCAGCGCUGCUGCCUUCGAGGGGGCCCCCCGCCUCGGCUACCUGUACCUGGAGCGCAACCGCUUCGGGCGAGUGCCGGGGGCCGCCCUGCGCGCCGUGCCCGGCCUCGUUUCCCUGCACCUGCAGAGCAACACCGUGGACCGCCUGGAACCCGGGGACCUGGCAGGCACGCAGGCCUUGCGCUGGCUCUACCUGAGCGGCAACCGCAUCGCCCAAGUGGCCCCCGGGGCAGUGGGCCCGGCUGGAGAGCUGGAGAAGCUGCACCUUGACAGGAACCAACUGCGAGAGGUGCCCACUGGGGCCUUGGAGGGGCUGCCUGCCCUCCUGGAGCUGCAGCUCUCGGGGAACCCUCUCGAAGCUCUGCCGGAUGGGGCCUUCCGGUCUGUGGGCCAGUCACUGCGGCACCUCUUCCUGAACAGCAGUGGCCUGGAGCAGAUUUCUCCCAGGGCCUUCUCGGGCCUGGGACCCCGGCUCCAGAGCCUGUACCUACAGAAGAACCAGCUGCGGGCCGUGCCUGCCCUGCCCCAUCUCAGCCAGCUGGAGCUCAUUGACCUCAGCGGCAACCCCUUCCACUGCGACUGCCAGCUGCUCCCGCUGCACAGGUGGCUCACUGGGCUGAACCUGCGUGUGGGGGCCACGUGUGCCAGCCCUCCCAGUGCCCAUGGCCAGAGGGUGAAGGCUGCGACGACUGUUUUUGAAACCUGCCCAGGCUGGGCUGCCAGGAAGGCCAAGCGGACGCCGGCCGCCAGGCCCAGUGCCAGGAGCAGCCCCGGGAAGGGGAGACGAUGGAGAGCAGACAAGGUUGGCAGGUGGGGAAGGAGAAGGGCCGCCUCUGAGCACUGGCGCAGGCCGGCCCUGCCUUGAUCCCGCCCGGGAGGCUCUUACUCUCUUCAGGAACAGGCUCCGAUGAGAUCUUCUCGGCGGCCUGCAGGUCGUCCUCCAGCAGGGGCUUCUUGGACCCCUGUCUGAGGGGCCGGGUCUUGCUCGGUGGUAUUCUUUUCCCUUUGAAUAAAAACAGAAUUAAACCCA